AUGGUAAGUUGCUGCUUCUCCCACCGCCUUCUCCCCGCCCCUUUGCUUUCUUCGCCUUCCGUCUCGUUUUCUGUAUCCCUUCCGCUCCCGUCUUUACUGCUUGCUACCUUCGAUCGACGCAUCGUUUUUUAGCCGCUAGAGAUUUCCUAAGUCCCUUGUUUUCGGUCGGUGGGUUGACGUCGGUUUGCCUUGGCGAUGAUGCUUAGGUGCUCCCCAACGAUAUCGACUUGCUCAACCCGCCGCCAGAGCUCGAGAAGCGGCGGCACAAGUUCAAGCGCCUGGUUCAGUCUCCUAAUUCCUUCUUCAUGGUACGAAACACCCCGAAAAGGGAGAUAAGAUAUUUACCGACGUCAAUUCGAGAUUUGAAUCCGGUGAAAGGGGGAUUAGUACUGAUAUAUAUUUUUUUCUUAUCAUCAUCUUCGUUCCUUGCCCAAUCAAAGGAUGUCAAGUGCCAAGGAUGCUUCAACAUGUAAAUUCUCUUUCCCUCAUCACCUGGUUUCUUUGCUCCUGUAUGCGGCCUUAUUCCUCAUUAAAUCUGGUGUGGAUGCUCCCUAUGCCUUUUCCAUGGUUGGGGUUGCGGUUUCUGGUGAUGCAGAACAACGGUGUUCAGCCACUCGCAGACGGUGGUGGUGUGCGGGGGCUGCCAGACCAUUCUUUGCCAGCCGACUGGGGGCAAGGCCAGGCUCACCGAGGGAUGCUCCUUCCGGAAGAAGGGUGACUAG